AUACCUCACACGCCAUCUGCUGGAAAUGAUUGUACGCGAGUUGAUCGAUAAAAAAGAAAUAAAUUUAUAAACUCAUAACAAAAAGAUACUUGAGAUCCAAACAAACAAUAAGAAAUUAAUUUAUAAACAUGAUGUCUGAUGAAAAAAUUAAUUCCAUGACAGAAAAAUUGGACGAAAUUGUUCCGGUUAUUUCUAAUGAAAAAUUACAAGAAGUUUCAGAAGAUUCUGAUAAAAUGAAAUUAAAAAUUGAAGAAAAUAAUGAUAAAGCAAAUAGACUUACUAGUAAUGGGAAUGCCAACGACAACCCCAAUUGCUACUGCGGAAAAGAUCGAAAUCUCAAUAUCGCUGAACUUUUAUGUGCCGGUUGUUCAAAAUGGUUCCAUGAAUCUUGCGUUGGCUAUCAAUUAGGAAAACUGGUACCAUUUAUGAUGAAUUAUGUGUUCAUGUGCAAGAAUUGUUCAUCAAGUGGACUUGAAAGUUUUAAAAAAAUUCAAGCACAAUUUCCUCAAAUGUGUGUGACAGCAAUAGCAAAUCUCUCACAGCUUGCUCAAAAAGAUCCUGAACAAAGAAUGCUAUUUCAUAAAGACAGAGAUAUAAUACCAUUUAUCGAGUGUCAUUGGGAAAGUAUGACAACAAUGUCACGACGUGUAACACAAUCCUGGCAUGGAACAAUUCACAAAACAUUAUUAAAAGAUGUUGGUACCCUUUUUACAAUGGAUGAAAAUAAUACAGACGGGCAAUUAUUCGGGUUAACAACGCCGGAUUUAGUAUUAAUCAAACCAAACUACGAGGCGAUGAUUAAAGGCGGACAGAUCAAGAUUACCGAGAUGGGAAUACAACACAUUGCGCCAGUAAACCCUGGAAUACGUGGUCGUAAUGCAAAACGUAAGUUUCCGGGAGAAGGUACAGGAGCUGGUCCAGGAAAAAAAGGACGUGGUUCUGAUUUAUCUACACCAAAACUACCCGCCCAUGGAUACCCACUAGAACACCCUUUCAACAAAGAUGGAUACAGAUAUAUCUUAGCUGAACCAGAUCCCCACGCUCCUUUCCGACAAGAAUUCGAUGAAAGUAGUGAUUGGGCUGGGAAACCAAUUCCUGGAUGGCUUUAUCGAGCUCUAAGUCCCAGUAUUGUUUUGUUGGCUCUUCAUGACCGUGCUCCGCAAAUGAAAAUUUCUGAAGAUCGUCUGGCUGCAACUGGAGAUAAGGGUUACUGUAUGGUACGAAGUACACAUUCCGUUAGUCGUGGUACUUGGUAUUGGGAAGCUACUAUUGAAGAAAUGCCUGAAGGAUCUGCUACAAGAUUAGGCUGGGGACAAGAGUAUGCUAAUUUACAAGCUCCUCUAGGAUAUGAUAAAUUUGGUUACUCUUGGAGGUCAAGAAAAGGCACAAAAUUUUAUGAAAGCCGGGGAAAACACUACAGUUCUGGAUAUGGGGAAGGAGAUACUUUAGGUUUUUUAAUUAUUUUACCAGACACAUAUGAUACUUCUCACAUACCUAAUCCCUAUAAAGACAGACCUCUUGUGAAAUUCAAAAGUCAUUUGUAUUAUGAAGAGAAAGAUCAAGUGCCAGAAGCACUGAAAGCACUUAAACCACUUGAAGGCAGUAAAAUUGUUUUUUAUAAAAAUGGUGAAUGUCAAGGAGAUGCUUUUAUCGACAUAUGCAGAGGAGCUUAUUAUCCGACUAUAUCAAUACACAAAAAUGCAACAGUGUCUGUAAAUUUUGGUCCUAAUUUUAAAUAUCCACCUCAAGAUAUUAAUUUUAGAGGAAUGUAUGACAAAGCUGAAGAAACAAUGAUUGAACAAUCAAUGGCUGAUAUACUUUAUUUGAAUGAAAACGAUGGAAAGUUAAGAUUAGAUACAUUUACAUUAUGACAUUAAUGAUUUUUUCAGUUCUAUUAUAUUAUUUUUUGCAUUAUUGUUAGUGUAAGUAUGUGGAGAAAGAGUAAUAACAACAUAAUGAACGUGUAAUUACAAUAUUAAAUAAAGUAUCAA